AUGGAAGAAAAAAGCAAGUCAAAAAAUAAACAUAUAAUGGAAUCCCCGUACGACAUAGAAAUAGAAUCACUAAACCAAGAAAAAAGUAUCUCGAUAUUGAAAUCCUUGUUGGGGGUUAUUGAAACAGAUAAAUCGUUAAAGCCAUUUUUAUUCAAUCAUGACGAAAUUGUAGACUUCUUGGAACAUGGAGAACUACAGGCCGCAAUAAUAAUCAGAACUACGCAGUAUGAAAAAUUUUAUAAGCAUGUUCCUAUAAUCGCCCGUGCAAGAAAAAUCAACUUCGUUUUGAUUGAACAAGAAUAUAUGAACACAGUUGAAUUCAGCUCUUUACCUGAUACAAGUCUGAUCGGAAUACGACAGCUGAAUAAGAAAGAUGAAGAAUUAUCCAUUGUUUACGAAAAAGUUGAAAGUCUAGUAUCACUAAUUAACUUAUACCAUGUGCAAAUUGCCAUCCCUUAUUUGUUUAGUCAUCCACACUACAUCAACACAAAGUUCAGAGUCGAAAAGAUUAAAGGAAAACGCUAUGCAAAGCAUCUGUCACGAAAGGAGAAAAAGCAAAUAAAAAAGUCGCUGAAGAAAAGAAAUGUAUAA